GCUCAAACUAAGAAAAUGGCGGAUCAAUGUUUUUGUGCAAAAUGACAGCGUAGAAAUUACGUGUAUCAUUCAAAGGGAAGUUGCUUUACUUCGGUGAAGCCUUGACAAGGGAACGUUAAGCUAUAUACUUAGCUGGAAAUACAUCGUAAUGCCUCAGGGAAAGCUUCGUGGUGGAGGACUUCGUGGAGAAGUUCAGUCAACAGUGCGCGAGAGUUAUGGAGGCAAAGCGGUGUCUUCUAACUUUAAAAGCCGUGUUGUUCAUCCGAGAAAUCCAAAGCUUGUUAAAGGAAGUGCCGAAGAUGACAAGGUAAAUGCCAAGUUAUAUAUCAUAUGGACUUGAUUGCGAAUAGGACGCUAGAUUGUAUAAAUGUAAUCACUUAUAUAAACAUUAAAUAGAUCAACAGCUGACUGCCGGCUGAAAGUCAGAUCAGACCAUGUAAAUACAUAUAAUUUAAAAUUUAAAGUAGGCUCUCUCAACACAAAUUAUGUGGAGUUUUUCCGGGCUAAUCUUUCUGUUUCGUGGUAAUAAUAACAAGGCAUUUAUUGCUAGUACAAGAAUGAUAUUAAUUCUAAAAACUUUCACAAAAAUCUACAGCAAGCACCAUCCGCUUACAUGGCUGAAAUGCAGUUGACCACUGAUGAAAGGCUAAAGCUGACUUAUGAGAUGAGGGUGCCCCAGAUUAUUGAAUUACUGGACAUGUCAGAACAGACGCUUCAGAAGGUUAGACAAAAAAAAAUUAAAUCUACAACAUUUAAUAAUACAUGCUUGAGUGUCAUUUUGGGAAACUGCAUGACUAGGUACAAGAAGUCAAGGUUAGAUUAGCUCAUGCCAGCGAUUUCUUUGCUUAGCUCUGGUUUAGAUGCUUUAAUUAAGCUGGAUCACAUUUAUACAACUAAAGUUUAUGUGAAGAAUGGCGUCUGAAUUAGCUUGAAAUGUCUAAUUGAAUUUGCAUCAACUAUGCUGUGUUCUUCAUUCUUGGUUUUGCUGGGGGCGAUGGCUGUGGAUUGCCAUUGAUUCAGAUGCAGAGCUUCAUUUGAGCCAAGCCAAAUGUAUAAAAUUUUAUAUCAAAUGUAUUUUGAUUGCAUUCUGAUUUUCCCCUUUGGAUUGAGUUUGGCUGGAAUAAAGAUUACCAUCUGAACCAAAUAAGCCAACCAAAACUAUUAAUCUUAUGUUGGCUAAAUUUGACUUUGAUUUUGAUCUUGUAAAGUAUGCUAUUUGAAGUGGACCUUAGCUGUUUUUAGUGAUGGAGUCAACUAGUAUGCUGUUAUGUUAUAAAAUUCCUAGAAAUGCUGGGGACACCAUUGCUGCUUAUACCAAUAUUGCUAUGGACCUGAAAUCCAUGAAAGAAAUAUUACAUAUUAUUUUGUAAAGUGAUCUUCUAAUCUGAAACAAGGUCUAAAUCACCGCCAGGUUAUAUGUAACUACUUUCUAAUAACUGUGGUUAGUGGUGUGAACUGGUUUUGAACCAGUAUGUUAAACUUUGUUUCUAUUAAGCUAACCAGUACUUUACCUAAUUAUGUAAUUAUCAUUUAGACAGCAUAUCUAUAGUAAUUGGAUUUAAGAUAUGGUACAAUGUAUGUUUUGAUUCUCUUGUUGAAAAGGUUUUCAUUGUUUCAUUAUAGUAUACUACCAUGGACAUAGAAGAACCUAUAUUUCAGCCAUUUCCAUCUGAUAUUGUGUUCCAAAAUUUUGAACCAUAUCAGACCUAUGAGGUUCCUUUACAGCUACGCAAUAAUGAUAAAGUAAGUGCUUUAUUUCAACCAAUUUUUGUAAGCUAUUGAAUGAAAAAUUGUACUUAACAUGGUCUUUAAUAUAAAAAAAUCCUAAUUAUAAUUUAAAGACAAAGAUUUUUUUAUAUAUCUUGUACUAGGUUGCUCGUCUGGUGAAGGUAACUCAAACAGACUCUCCUUACUUCACAAUCAUCAGUCCACAUGAUGUGGGACAUAAAGUGGCUCCUGGAAUGGAUAAAACCUUUGUCAUCAGAUUCAGCCCUGAUGAGAAAAAGGUAUGCACAAGACUUGCUUGCUGCCCAACAGAAAAACUCCCUGUUAACUAUUGAUAAUUUCAUUUAAAUCAUCAUUUUUUUGGAGAGUAGAAUCCUCGGAAAUUAUAAUAUUGCAACAAGGUCAAGUCAUGUCCAUGGCCAGACAUGACCAGUGACAGAGCUACUAGGCGGGGUUCAUGGGGUUCCAACUGCUCAUGCACCACCUCCUCAUGUUGCUACCCCAGAUGUUUUUUUUCCACCUUUGCUAAAAACUUUGUAUCUUAACAUUUGCCCUAUACCUGUUCAUGUCUGUUUAUGCUCUUCCAGGACUACACCCACGAGCUUAUUUGCAUCACUGAAAGAGAAAAGUUUCUUGUGCCAGUAAGAGCUAUUGGGGCCAGAGCAAUCCUUGAUUUUCCUGAUGAGGUCAACUUUGGAACAUGUCCUGUCAAGGUAAAAAGGAUGAAUUUGAAAUUUAAUCCAGUUAUGCACUGUACAUCUAUUUAGUUUGCUCAUUCUAUUGCCCUUGUGGGUGUUUGAUCAUGGCUUAUCCUGUCGGAAUAAAAACUAUGUAAGAGCAGCUCUAUGAUAUUACAAGGAGAAAUGCGCUAAUAAUCACUAUUAGGGGCUAAGAGGGUUAAAAUCUUCUGGGACAGCUACACAAACUAUUACAGGGCUUGAAAAAGCCUGGUCUGGUAGUGUGGGACAAGUAGAUUUUCUUGCUGAGUAAGUAACUUUUAAGCCUACUUGCCCAAUGGGCAAUGGUCUUGGCAAGCCAUCCUCUAAAGAAAUCAUUAACCCAUUCGCUCCUGGAGAUUUUGCCGAAAAACGCGUUUUGAAGCUAGUCGAGUGGUUUUCUGGUCACUGUCGUGCUAUAAAGAGCUAAAACUUACCACAAACCGGUUUACAGGUCGUACACUUGGCGGCCUUCUGAUCCAGAUGCAAAAUAUCAGCUUGCGAAGUUCGGGCAUGCGCAGAAAGCAAAAUUUCGACAUAGUUUUUGGGUUUAAAAGUGACACAGCAGUCUUGACUUUUACUUUUCGCUUUCUCUCCUCCCUUCUUUUUUCACUUUUCUUGCCUCAUUUUUUUUUUCUCUUGCUGGGCAUUUAGUAGGCUUCAUUUUGGUGGGAAGAGUUUUUAGGAAAGCUUUUAGGAUCUUAGGAUUAGGUGAAAGGAAAGGUAGGUGGGUAAUGGAACAAGAUUUUCAUGGAGAUUUUCAGGUCCUUGUCACGUGGUUUUUUGCUUCUUUCUCCGGUGUCCUUGACUGAAUUGUGCUCAUUCUGGUAUGGUUUGAAAGAUCUCUUCACUCUGCACACGUGUGCGAAGAAAGUUGUCCUUGACCGUUAAAACUGAUGACGUCACAAAAGGUAGAAAGGAACUGGAUCCGCACGGGCGGUUACGGGCGGUUCAGGGGCGAAUGGGUUAAAUAGGAGGAGCAAGAAGUGCACUCAAGCAAGCAAAAUUUGAGAGCUGCUUACCCAAAGGACAAGCUCGAGAUCAAGCGUUUUUUUUUUCGAGCCCUAUAUUACUGACAGAUUUGAAGCCCAUGUGACUGUUAAGCUCAGUUUUUUCCAUAGAUGCCUCCAUACAGCCGUACUUUUGGCACCUCUCAGGUAUGGAAAAAUCGUUUGGUGCCAAAGAUGCCAAACUUCAUGAUGAUGUCUAGAUCUGCCUCCUGGAUAAUACAGACACCUCUGUUAUGGAGACACCUGGCUCUGUUCCUUUCAUGUCUCUAUUAAGAAGGUUGACCGUAUUGUUAUGGUUCCAUUAAAGUGUAAUCUUAAUUCAUGAUUUGAUUGUCUUUUGCACCUAGUAUGCAACAACGAGGACUCUCUUUGUACGAAAUGUUGGAAACAGUGAUGCAAAGUUCCAGCUUCUUGUCCAUGAGCCAUUCUUUGUUACACCUGACAGCGGUCGAUUGGCUGUUGGAGAAAGCAUGCAGAUUCAUGUGGAUUUCAAAGCUCUUCAAACCGGAGAUCAUGCCAGUCACAUGAUACUUCAUUAUGAAACUGGUGAGUUAAUGUUGUUCUGUACUUAGAUGGUUAUGCAGGAGUCUGUAGGUGUGGGUUCCAGAUGCUUUUCCAUUCUUUCCUUACAUGUAGACAAGAAGCUUGGCUCCACUUUGUCCUUCUUCACUGUGGUGUAUAAAUUAUUGGUACUUUUGACUUACUCUGGGCUGGUUUCUUUAAAGCUGGGUUAAGGUAACCCAGGGUUGGUGCAAAAUGUGAAUUCAGAUAGGAAAGUUUAACAAACAAAUCCAGUUAAAAUUCUUUUGUCUACAAUUUGAUGAUUUGAUACCCUAAAAAGCGUAGAGAUUGGUAUAGGAGAAAAUGCUUGUGAACUAAGGGAAAGGAAACCGGGAUUAGAAUUUAACCCUGGAUUAACACUAAUCAUUUUUCAAACAACUGGGCCCUGUUUAUAGAUUCAUGUAACAGUGUAAUGAACUUGUAUUUUCACAUUUCUGUAUAGACAUUUGUUUUGAUUAAUGUGUUACAGGGGAAGAUAUCUUUAUAAGUCUCUAUGGAGCUGCUAUUGAUUACAACGUCAGACUGGAUAAAAAUACAGUCAAGAUGGAAAACACUUUUAUAUCUUGUGCCUCUCAAAGGUAUGUCAUGUAAUUUUCCCUCAAGUCAUGUCUUUUUUUAUCUUGCUCUCCUUGCUAUCUUUCUCACUUUAAUCAAAGCUACAGUUCAACUGCCAUAGCUCUUUAUUUGUGUGCAGUGUAAAAUAAUGAAAACAUAGUGGUGCUGUUUUAUUGGUAGUUUCUCAAUGUUCAGAUUGGUGCAGUUGAACCAAACGACAUGUUAUGAAAAGUUUAAAAGACAAUGAACAAUUCCCAACAUUAAAUAGUUUCUGCAACACCAAGAAACACCUGUUUCAUCCUUGAUUUAAAUGUAUCUCCCUUUGUUUUAUCUUCAUUAUGAAAUCAAUAAGAUUCAUAAAAAACAUGGAGGGAUAUAAAGAAGUUAAUGGUUAUUAAAAUAAAUUAUGUUGAUAUUUAAAUUACAGGACAGUCGCUAUUUCUAACAGAAGUGACAUUAUUGUACAGUUCAAAUGGAGCAACUUUGCAACACUAAGGGAAGAGCUUCAGCAAAAAGACAGGUAAGACUAGUAUCUUGAUAUUUUUUAUUCUGCAUGUCAUUCCUUAUUUCGAAUAUUAUUAUUCCUGUGAAGAUGAAAUAAUCGGGAUGUCACGAGAGUGGGACAGAGAAAAAAAUCUGAGUCCCUGACAGGAUUCGAACCUAUGACUUCCCAAACACUGGGCAGGUGUUCUAUCCACUGAGGUACGGAGAACUCAUGGAAAGCGAAGCCAUAUAGUCCUUCUACAAUAAUGCUGGAACAAUUUUUUGGUUCAUCUGUCUUUUAUAGUCGACAAGAAUGAGAGUCAUGGUUAUGUACUCGGCGUAGAGUGCACAUACAGGUCACUUCAAUUUCGUGUGUUGAAAUUCAGAUGGUAUUGUUGAAGUUUGCAGAAGAGGGAAAUACAAACCUCCACUUCUUCCCUCCUCCAUCAUUUUGAACAAAAUGCAAUGACCUUGUUAUGAUACAGAUUUGUGCAUUGAUAAAAAUUUCUGCAUUGUUGUUUAACUCAGUUGUGGUCAGUUUUUUCUCAUUAAUAGUCAAAUUCCGUAAUAAUUGCAUGCUUGUUUCUUUUGGCAUAUUUUUUAAAGGUUUUACAUGGACCUGGAAAGUGAAGAAACUGCUGAAAGAGAUGAGUUUUUUGAAGAAUGCCUGAAUGAUCCAACCCUUAGAGAUCAGAUGUCAAUACUGACAAGAAAAUUCAGGAACAAGUCUCAGGUAAUGAUAGAGAGAGGAAAACAAACAGGUGAACAAAUGCAUACCAUGAGUGUUCUUUUUAUAAUGAAGUAUUUUAUUAUAAGCUUUCCAUAUUUCACUUGAUUUGGGCUCGAGCACUUUAGAUAAAAAUUUAUUUCAUUUUGAGUCACCUUUUCUAUAGCAGGGGUAUUUUGCAAAACCCCAAAUGGCGGCUGAAAGUAAAAUGACUCUUAAAUUUAGUGAUUAGGGCUAGCAAAGUGAGUUAAUCAAGUUCCAGUUAAGGACAUGAUACAGGGUGAACUGAAUCGGAACAUUGAUUCUCUCAGUUCUCUGAACCUAAUCACUAAUCCUCAGGGGGUGUUUAGCAACAUUUGCUUUAUUCAGAAUACAUGAAUCUCCGAUCUGUUGCCCUCCCCAACAUUUGUCAUCCUCACUCAUUUAUUCAUCUGAGUGAAGAGAGACCAUUUGUCCAUUAAAACAAUUUAUAAUGAUCAUUGUGCUUUCCUUGUUACAGGUUGUCGCUGAUGACAAAAUGCUUCAUGGUGACUCCAUUAUCAGCAUUGAUCCAGUGGUAAGCUUGUUAUACAUUUACGUCACACAUGACACUUUUAUUGUGGCCUGUUGUGUUAACACACACACAUCAAUUUUGUUUCAAUUGAUGAUCCUUUGUUACAUGGCUAUUGUAGAGGUUAGCUUCAGAUUGUCUACUUACAGUCUGUGUGGUGAUGCCUCAGAAUAAAAGUCAAAGAAAGUAGUAUCACCGUUUGCACCGCAAAAUACCCCUGCAAUGCAGGCAAAAUAAACUGUGAAGUAGUAACAAACUGCAGUUAUGUAAUAUUGUUGUUAAUAAAUGUGAUAAUUUGUUGAUAAAGAGGAAUGUUACUAACUACACAAUCUUGCUUUGUUUUGUUUCAGGAAGGUGAAAUCUGGCCAAAUUCUCAAGCUGAAAUCAAUAUUAUCUUCAAACCACAAAAUGCCCAGAGGUAUUAUUCUCUUACAGUAAAAUGACUUGAAUGCUUUCCCACAGUCAUGAACUUACCCAGCAGGCUGGAAGAGCAAAGAAUAUGGUUAAACCUUGUGUUUCAAGCGUAACAAUAAUAAUUUUGUUUGAGAAAAAAUUGCCUCAAACUUCAUCUUCCUUUAAACAGAUCAGAAAACAUAAAUUUGAGUAAGAUCAUGACAGAAAAUGCAAGUAAUAGCCCUGUCACAUUUGUCACACACAAGCAUUUUGCUGUCCUCUUCUUUCUGCUGUCCUGUUGUGUAAACUCACCAUUAAUGUUUGUUGACACUGAAAAAGAAAAAAUGAGUUUCUGAGCGGAAGUUAAAAAGCUUGAUAGUGGUUAUUACUGACAGCAGUAAUACACCUGUCCAUGUAGUACUAGUAAUACACCUGUCCAUGUGGAAAAUGAACAUAAAAGCCCCCACCCCCCACUCAGCUAGAUGUUCUCAGGACAUUUGUAACAUGUUCCUCCCUAUAUUCUGCUAUGAACACACCACAAUCACUUGGAUAAGAAAUUAUUUUGUUCCUUUUGACUAAGUGUCUGAUUUCAUGGCUAUUGUGAUCUAGCUGCCUCUAGUUUGUAAAUAUUUUCCUGAAUCUGAACUGUUUUUUUUGUUUUGUUUUGUCCUUCAGUUAUGCACGGACUGCAUACUGUGAUGUAACAGGCCGAGAGUCAAGGCUGCCAUUGAGGAUAAGAGGAGAUGGUGUGGGUCCCAGAGUGCAUUUCUCUUUGGAUAC